GCGUUAUACGUUCCUCCAUUCAUUGCCCAAUGCAUUCAAGAUCAAGAUGGCAGCCUCCGUGUGUCGGUGCUAUGAGCUGGUCGGAAGACGUCUUCUGAUCCUGCCAUCCCGUGCUGUCGUCUCCUCAUUCAAUAGAGGAGAUGCCUAUAGGAUAUGUCGGUCUCCGGCUGUCCCUGUGCAGGUGCGGUAUGCGUCAGAACGACCUAGUCGUAAAGGCUUCUUCGGUGAGUUUGUGGAGAACCUGAGGCAGGAAUUUGGGAAGGACAAGGAGAUGAAGGAGAACAUCAAGAAGUUUAGAGAGGAGGCCAAGAGGCUGGAGGAGUCGGAUGCCCUGCAACAGGCUCGGAGGAAAUUUAAAACAAUUGAAUCAGAGACAGUAAAGACCUCUGAGGUGUUCAAGAAGACCCUGGGGACUCUGUCGGAGACUGUGAAGGAGGGCCUUGAGGAGGUGACCCGUACAGACCUGGGGAAGAAGAUCAAGGAGGGGGUGGAGGAGGCAGCCAAGACAGCCAGGCACUCUGCUGAGUCUGUGUCCAAGGGAGGAGAGAAGCUGGGAGUGACCAGCGCCUUCAGGGCCAUCUCCCAGGGGAUGGAGUCAGUGAAGAGAGAGAUUGAUGUGGUGGACGAUGGUACCUAUAGGGCUCCUUCUCAACUCAGGAAGAGGAGUGAAUUCUCCUCCAAGGGAGGGGAGAGCGACAACCGUGUCUUUGAGGCCAAUGAAGAGGACAUGGGUGUUGUUCUGCACAAGGAUUCUAAGUGGUACGCACAGUGGAAGGACUUCAAGGACAACAAUACGGUUUUCAACAGGUUCUUUGAGAUGAAAAUGAAAUAUGACGAGAGUGACAACGCCCUUGUCAGAGCAUCUCGAGCCGUGACCGACAGAGUCACAGAUCUACUAGGUGGUCUCUUCUCGAAGACUGAGAUGUCUCAGGUGCUGACCGAGAUCUUAAAGGCAGACCCCAGCUUCGACAAGGACUCCUUUCUCAAACAGUGUGAGAAGGACAUCAUCCCCAACAUCCUAGAGGCUAUGAUCCGUGGAGAGCUGGAGGUGCUGAAGGACUGGUGUUAUGAAGCUACAUACAGUCAGCUGGCCCAUCCUAUCCAACAGGCCAGGGCCCUGGGUCUAAUGUUUCAGUCCAAGGUCCUAGAUAUAGACAACAUAGAUUUGGCGAUGGGGAAGAUCAUGGAUCAAGGCCCUGUGUUGAUCAUCACGUUCCAGGCCCAGGUGGUCAUGGUGAUUCGUAGUCCCAAGGGAGACCUGGUGGAAGGAGAUCCAGAGAAGGUGUUGAGGAUGAUGUACGUGUGGGCUCUGUGUCGGGACCAGGAGGAGCUCAACCCCAACGCAGCCUGGAGACUACUGGACAUCUCUGCCUCCAGCACCGAGCAGGCUCUCUGAGAGACCAGGAAAGAAGAAGAGACAGAGGGACACUCCCAGGACACACACACACACACACUCCCAGGACACACACACACACACACACACACU